ACAAAAGAGGAUCUAAUGCACUUUUUUGCCUAGAAAAGAAGGAGCAGCAUUCCAGGAAGCCGCGUAAAGCAAAAGGAAUUACACCAACACUUUGCAAAACCAGGAACUGUUUCCCCCUUUUGUUUGCAUCGAGGGUUUGUGGAGUUUGUCUGGCUGUAAGGAUCCUGUCGGCUUUGGAAAUGGCUUGGAUCAAGUGGGGGUUUCUUCUGUGUGCGUGCAUAUUUUUGGCCCCAGCGUUCGGGGUCCCAGAGAAAGGAAGGCUGAGGACGAUCACCUACGUGCUGCGCCCCAAUCAGUCGGGCACCACCAGCAGCCGCUUGCAGAGCGGAGGGCAGCAGCCGCGCACCACGUUCAAUGUGGAGCUGAACACCCGUUACAGCACCCGAGGCGGCGGCGGCAGCACCUUGGAGCGAACUCGCAGGAUGAGCAAAACGAGCAGCCCGAGCAUGCAGCUCCGCUUGGGCCCCACCGUACAGCUCCAGCACAAGCCUGCCAGCCACUCGUUCAGCAAAGUGGGCAAACCCGGCUCGCGCUUCAAGCUCCAGCCGCGCGAGAGCAACAGCAGCACCGUCAGUGGGCAGGUUCACCCCAAACCCCAUCUGCAGCAGCUGCAGGGGGUGAAUGUCUGUGGAGGUCAGUGCUGUCAUGGCUGGAGCAAAGCUCCCGGCUCUCAAAGGUGUACCAAACCUAACUGUUCACCACCAUGCCAAAAUGGCGGGAUGUGUUUGCGACCGCAGCUCUGUGUAUGUAAACCAGGGACAAAAGGUAGCACUUGUGAGGAUACUACAAAGCAAGAAACCACUUUACCUGGGGGACCAGGUCCUGUGACUCCACCAUGGCCUAUUCCUCAGCGAUCUGUUCAGCAGACCUACUCAAAGAAGGUGCAGGUCCAACAAAAGGUCAAUCCUAUGGCCCAGAUGACUUUCACACUGAAGCAAAAACCCUCUGGUGGAUUACCACAGCAAAUGCAGUCACAAAUGAUACCCCUUUCAUCUCAGACUUUGAUGAUGAAUGUCCACCAUGGACAAACACAGGAAUAUGUUAUCAAACCCAAAUACUAUCCAGCAAAGAAGGUGAUUUCAGGAGAACAAUCUACAGAGAGUUCGUUGCCUCUAAGAGUGAGCCAUGAUCAACUUGUUUCAUCUUACCAGUUGGGAAAUCACACCGGACGUAUCAAGGUGGUCUUUACACCCAGCAUCUGUAAGGUGACUUGUAAAAAAGGCACCUGUCAAAACAGCUGUGAGAAAGGAAACACUACCACACUGAUUAGUGAAAACGGGCAUGCUGCUGACACCUUGACAGCACCCAACUUCCGAGUAGUUAUUUGCCAUCUUCCGUGUAUGAAUGGGGGCCAGUGUAGUUCUAGAGAUAAAUGCCAAUGUCCUCCUAAUUAUACUGGUAAACUUUGCCAGAUCCCAGUGCAGACCAGCAGUGGUCCAAAACUCUAUCAUAACCCACAGCAAGCAAGCAAGCCUGUGGGAUCACAUGUCAUCCAUUCUACGCAUACUUUACCACUGACUAUGCCUGGGCAGCAAGGAGUAAAAGUUAAAUUUCCUCCUAACAUUGUGAACAUUCAUGUGAAACACCCCCCUGAAGCUUCAGUGCAGUUCCAUCAGGUUUCAAGAAUUGAUAGCACAUCUGCUGGACAAAAAACAAAGCCAUCCCAAUCAGGACACUCCCAGGUUUCUUAUCAAAGUCUGCCAUUUCAGAAGACUCAGAAAGUACAUCCACCCUAUUCACAUCAGCAGCCAGUUUCUCACAUAUACCCUAUUUCUGCUAAAACUCAGCUUGGGCGAUGCUUCCAGGAGACUGUUGGGACACAAGCUGCCCAAAAAGCACCCCCAAGACCCAGUAGGGGUUCUAGAGAGGAGCAAUGGGAAGAUGAGGAGUCUGUUGGGUCCAUGCAGGAGGACAGAGAGGAAGGGGAAUUCCUUUCAGAUGAGGAGGUAGAGGAUCUUAAGAUGCCUGAACAGGCUAGCCGCUUUUUUAAUGCGAAGGACUACCAUUAUUUCUUGUCUAAAGCCAUGAAGGCUUUAAAGAUCGGCCUCUUCAAGAUCUAA